AUGUCGCAAGACACUGGUCCUUUCUCCGUGCGCCGACCCAGAGAGACAUUAGGAAGCAUCAACUACAAUUCGAGUUUACCACAACCAGCAUCUGCCAUGAAACGAUCGAAUUCAAUCGGUGGUUACAACAAUGCACCUUUUACCGCCAGUCAUGUUCGUAGUGCUGGAGCCAGACAAUCUCUUGCACCUUCGCGACCAAAUCAACCUUUAUUCUCACGAUCAUCAUCGGGCACAAAUUUGGCAGAUAUAGGAACUUCAUCUGUAAAAAGGACUUCAUUUCAACAAAGUGGUGGCCGAAAAAGUUAUGCACCUCCUCAAAUGGGUCGCGCAUCUGGUGAAGGAGCAGAACGUCGAAGCAGUGUUUAUCGAGCCCGAACUUCGACAAGUGGACCGAUGGGACAUCAAAGUUUCUUUCAAACUGGACCACAACCAGCUGGAGUACCAAAAGAUCCACGUCCGUUGAGAGACCGAGCUUAUCAAGGAAAGAUUGGUCAAGAGUUGCUAGAGUAUAUGGCGAACAACAAUUACGAUAUCGAAAUGAACCACAACGUAUCGGCCAAUACUUUGAAAUCGCCAACCCAAAAGGACUUUGUCUUUAUGUUCCAAUGGCUUUACCACAGGAUUGAUCCAAGUUAUCGAUUUCAAAAGGCUAUCGAUCAAGAGGUACCUCCAAUCAUGGCUCAGCUACGUUAUCCAUACCAGAAAAGCAUAACUAAAUCUGCAUUAUCCGCGGUUGGAGGCGCAAAUUCCUGGCCACUCUUCCUUGGAUUGUUACAUUGGAUGAUGCAGCUUGCUCAGAUGCUGGAUGGAUACGGCACCGAUCGAUAUGAUGAGGCAUGCGCAGAAGCUGGUGUUGAUGUUAGUGGUGAUCGCAUCAUCUUCAACUUUCUCAGUAGUGCAUACCGAGAUUGGCUUUCCAUGGACGAAGAUGCCGGAGACGAUGAUCAGGACCAAGUUCUUGCUCCCCAUAUCCAAGCUAUGGCACAGGAAUUCAACAGAGGAAAUUCGAAAUACCUCGAUGAAAUGCGUGUCCUUGAAGGAGAGCACGAAAGAUUGCAAAAGGAAAUCGAGACCCUCGAGAAGACUGGCUCGGACAUUGCCACUUUAGACCGCAACUUCAAAAUUAUGGAAGAUGAUAAAGUGAAAUUUGAAGAGUUUGACAAUCGGAUGAAUCAAAAGUCCGAGAAAUAUGAGUCUCGGAUACAGUUCUUGCAAGAGGAGCUCGACAAAGUCUUACAAGAACUCAAAGAAGCAUCUGAUGAGCGAUCAAGACUCCAAGAGGAAAUAGAUAGUCGAGGAAUGAGUAUGCAAGAUAUUGAUCGUCUGAAUUCUGAAAUGGAACGACUUCAGAAGGGACACGAAGCUACGCAACAGAGAUUGGAGGAAGCGAGAAGAAAGGUUGCCGAAAAGGAGUUGGAAGCGAGUCGCAAGUUGGAAGAUCUGGAGAGAACAGUGGAAAAGUACAACAGUCUAGGAUACCAAAUAGGACUUAUCCCAUCCACUGCAAUCAACGCCAAAGGAAAGAAUUAUGAACUCCAGGUUGUUGUUAACGAAGGACCCAAUUUCUCGGCAUCACAAAUGGCAAGUUCUCAUGCUGGAGCGAGAGACGGCGAUAGACUUCUUGCCGAUCCCACGACAGGUUAUCAGCCAGCUCAUAUCUUGAACCUGGAUCUUCGAGGUCAUGUGAAGAACAGCUUCAUUAGCCUUAGAAAAGAGAUUUCCGAACGAAGGACUCAGGCCGUUGAAGAAAUGGAGAAGCACAACGACUUACUCGACAACAUUAAAGAAGCCAUUGACGAUAAGAGGAGUGAGGUGGAAGCUUUAUCGCACCGUGUUAGAGCUGCGGAGGAUGAGUAUGAAAAGACGAAAGAGGUUACGACAACUCAAAAGCUGGCUUCCGAUGCACAGAUUGAGAAGAUGGAGAAAGAGUUAGCUAAGAUGCGAGCUGGUCUCACAGAAUCUGUGCAAUUAAUGGAGCAACGAGAGAUGAAUACAAACAUUGAGUAUGAACAAUUGACUCUCCGAGCCAAUACUCUUCGCGAGGAAUUGCAUACAGAGAUUGAGAAGAUGUUAAACGACAUCAUCAAGUUCAAGGUUCACAUUCAAAAGAAUCUUGAAGACUAUGAAGGAUUUGUUGGGGAUGAGGUUGAGCAUGAGCUUGGAGGUGAUGAUGAAAUCCGAGAUGAUACCCAAGAUGUUGAGAUGAGUGGAUGA